CGCUCACAAACUUUCGGUCGCGCCACCCAAAUUUUUCCUGAUAAAAAUUCGCACAUUCCGUUGACUGUCUUUCUCUCCAGUAUAUCCAUCGGACAAGGAGGUGCAGCACAGCAUUUGUGGAGUGUCGCGAGUCGAAAGUGUGCGCCAAAAAAAAGUUCCCCUGGAUAAAAUUGCAUGACUAGAGAGAGCUUUCAUGCUCUUCUGUGACACAGAAAUUGUGGAUUAUCAUUCGUGAUAAUCGCAUGAAAAUUACGUGACUUUGUGCCAAUUUGCUCACUCUCUCAGUGAUCUGGAUUCUCAGUCUGCGCAAGAUUUUCAACAAGAAUUUGAUGUGACGCAACCGAAUUACAGUGUCAAUUGUCACCAAUAAUUCCCAAUUACAAGCUCUCGCGGGGAAUUUGAUAUCAGGUGGAGCUUCGCCGACUGAUUCACUGUCAUCAUCCACACAGCUGGGCGAGAAGGUGGCUCGGGCCGGAACCUAACGCGAGAGUGCGACACGAGCGCUGCGGACGUCAGUGAGGCACUGGACGAAGGAAAAAAUGGCUGCUCGCGGUGUCGCCGGCGGAGUUGGCGAGGCGGAUUCCGGUGAAAUUCUGCGUGACGGGGGCCCCAAGUGCCGCGGCCUGGCGAACGGCGUGCACGCGGACGGCGGGAGGCGGUGGCCCAGCGCCCAGAUGAACGGACACGCGAAGGGCAUGACGAACGGGCAGCUGCCCCAUGACUAUCCCAAAAAGCCGCGCGGCGGCGACUCCACCAGCGCCAAGGAGUCCUACGAGGAGGUGCCCCUCUUCGUGGCCUGCCUCACGUACCUCGGCUUCUACCUGCUGAUGGUGCUGGGCUACUUCAACCAGCUCUUCUUCACGCCCAAGGUGGCCAAGGAGCGCCACCGGGACGGCUAUCCGUCGCUCUACGACAACUUCGAGCGCUUCUACUUCCGCUACGUGUACAGACGCGUGCGGGACUGCUGGAAUCGGCCCAUCUGCAGCGUCCCGGGCGCCGAGGUGGUCCUCAAGGAUCGCGUCACCAAAGACUACGGCUGGACGUUCGAAUUCACUGGAACCCAGACAAAGUGCCUGAAUCUCGGCUCGUACAACUACUUGGGCUUCGCCGAGGAGACCGGCCCGUGCGCCGAGGCCGUGGAGGCGACGAUCCGGGAGUACGGCUUGGCCUCGUGCAGCGCGCGGCGCGAGCUGGGCAACAGUCCGCUGCACGAGGAGCUGGAGACGCUCACGGCGGAGUUCCUGGGCGUUGAGGAUGCCAUUGUGUUCGGCAUGGGCUUCGCCACGAACUCCCUCAAUCUGCCCACGCUGCUCUCGCCGGGCUGCCUGUGCGUGAGCGACGAGAAGAACCACGCGUCCAUCAUUCUGGGCUUGCGACUGUCUGGCGCCAAGACGGUGGUGUUCAAGCACAACAACAUGAGAGAUCUGGAGCGCGUGCUGGAGCGCAAUGUGGUGAAUGGGCAGCCGGGCACGGGGGCGCCGUGGAAGAAGAUUCUCAUUGUGGUGGAGGGCAUUUUCAGCAUGGAGGGAUCAAUUGUGAAGCUGCCGGAGAUCAUUGCGCUGAAGAAGAAGUACAAAGCGUAUUUGUACUUGGACGAGGCGCACAGCAUUGGGGCGUCGGGACCGCACGGACGUGGCGUUGUGGACUACUUUGGCAUCGAUCCGCGCGAGGUGGACAUCCUCAUGGGCACGUUCACGAAGAGCUUCGGCUCGGCGGGCGGAUACAUUGCCGGAGAGAAGCGACUCAUCAACUUCCUGCGCAGCCAGAGUCACGCUCACUGCUAUGCCAGCUCCAUGGCGCCGCCCGUGGCGCAGCAGAUCCUCACGUCUAUGAAGAUCAUCAUGGGCAAGGAGGACGCGGGCGAGGGCGCGCGCAGGAUAGAUCAGCUGGCGCGCAACACGAGAUACUUCAGACGGAGACUCGCGCAGAUCGGCGUGAUCACGUUCGGCCACGAGGAUUCGCCAGUCGUUCCCAUGCUUGUGUAUUUGUUCUCCAAGCUCGGUGCUGUUGUCCGCACGCUGACCACGAAGAACAUCGCUGUUGUUGGCGUUGGCUUUCCGGCGACGCCGCUGAUGGAGGGACGCAUUCGAUUUUGCCUUUCUGCCGCCCACACCAAAGAGCAGUUGGACUACGCCUUGGCGCAAAUUGACGAAAUCAGUGAUACGAUGGGCUUGAAGUACUCGAGAAAGCCUCGCGAUCCGAAUCCCAUCAUUUAUUAGAAAAGGGUGUGAUGGACAUUUUGGGUGGGUGAGAAGUGUGAGAAAGAGAGGAAGAAGAAGAUGUGGUGAAAUUGCUUGAGAGAUUUCGUCCUUUAAACACCAAGAAAACACAUGAAAACACUUUAUUGUAAGAGUUAAUUAUGUAUUUCUCUUUUUUUCUUUUGAAAUGUCCAGUCAGUAAGUGAGCAUUUUCCUUAUAGAAAUCUUGUCUGUCUGUUUAAUGUUUAGUUUUUCUUUUUUCCUUUUGGGAUAUGAAAUAUUGAAUGAUUCUUGUUUUCUUUGACCAGUUUUUAUACACAGAAAAAGUAUUAUGAUUUUUUUUUUGAGACACAAUUUGCUGGUGAAAAUUCUACCCGCAAAUAUGAGAAGAGUAAGAAAAUAUGUUUAGGAAGUAAGAAAAAAAAAAUGGGGCCUUCUGAAAUAUAUUAUUUUUUACUUUAUGUGUGAUGAUUUUCACAGAAAUUUUCCAUUCUCUCUGUUGUGGAAAAAAGAAAUGAUCGGGAAGGAAAAGAGAGAGAGAGAGAAAAAUGUAUUUUUCGGCAUUGAACAUUAGAUAGAGCUUUUCUCCAAACAAACAAAUUCUCUUGAGAAAAUCAUACUUAGGAUUUAGGGCUGAAAAUUGUUGAGGAGAUUUUUUAGGUGAGGAAAAUUUAUGUGUAUAUUUAGUGUGUAGACGAAAUUGUCUCUGAUUGAUAUAGAUAAUUUAUGAGGAAAAGCAAAAUGGAAUGUAAAGCGUAAUGAUUUGUUUUCUUUCUGUUGCUCUCGCUAUUCAAAAGUGUUCUUUAAUUCUUAAUUCAAAUACAAAUACAAAAUCCUUGACCAAGUUUUGAAUUUGACGAGCAGCGCAGAAUUGAACCAGGUUUUUGAGCACUCUUUUGUGAGUUUAAGGGAUGAGAAGGAACCCUUUUGAGAAACAGUAUAUAAAUAAUAAUUCUUCAUUAAAAAAACAUUUUAAAACGCUUUUAUCGCUACGAUUCUGUGAAUCGUAUCAAUAUUAUUACAAAAACAGAGCGAGAAAUGUGUGCGGAGUGAAUUAAAAUCAAGCACAGGAAGAGAAUAGUGAAUGUGUAAUUCAAUGACAAUUGUCCUUUAUGAAUUAAUAAUAAUGGUUGAGAAGCGAGAAAGAGA